AUGGGUCUGUUUGAAUCCUGUCAUCAGACUUUCCUCACUUUUGCUGGAGAGACCUAUGAACAAAUCAAGGAAACCCCAAUGGGCUCACCAGUCUCUGGCUUAGUGGCAGAACUGGUCCCACAGGUGUUUGAAAACAUUGUCUUUAUUCAAAAUGAACCAGUGUUUUGGCGCCGUUAUGUAGACGACACGUCUGUUACCGUAAAGAAGAACAUGCUACAACACUUCAACGAACUGCUCAACGCAGUCCUCUCCGAUAUAAAAUUCACAAGGGAAGAAGAACAGGAACAGCGGUUGUCCUUCCUGGAUGUGCUGGUGAGACGGAACCUUAACGGUGAGUUUGAAACAAUUGUUUAUAGGAAAGCAACGAACACCACACAGCUUCUCAGUUUGCACAACUACCAUCUGGUGACUCAAAAACGAAGCUGUUUGAGGACGUCCUUCAAACGAAUACAAAGUCAUUACAGCGAACCGGAGGACAGAGCACGUGAGGCCCGUUAUCUCCGCUACCAGUUUGUGCAAAAUGGCUAUCCAAGGGCAUUUAUACGUCGCUGCCAUCGCGGUCGCCCCAGAGGAUUCGAACAUUAACAUCAACCAUCUGGCAUUCUCUGCCAUACAUCAACAACGUUUCAGAAGCAACCGAGCGCAUUGCUGCGGAGCUAGUUGUUGGAAUUGCACACGGGUCCAAAGCCACCGUGCGCAGUAAGGUCAUGAAAAUUAAGGACAGGCUACAGUCUGAGGAGCAACCUGAUGUACUGUAUCGCAUCCCGUACCAAAACUGUCCUUGUAACUACACAGGCCAGACUGGACGCAAGCUCGGAUCGCGCAUACACGAACAUAAGCUGGCUGUGCGACGAGGCGACGCAUUAUCACAAGUGGCCGCCCACACCAACGAAAUGGGUCACAAGUUUAAAUUCACAGCCACUAAAAUAGUCGCCCACGCUGGAAACAAAACGCCGAAAAAUGAUUAAAGCCUGGUCCUCGAGUGAGAACGCAGUCAAUCGACUUAUCGAUCUGGUGCCGGCGUACAGAGCCCCGCACAGCCACUUUCAGUCUUACGCCGUCCGUCGAUGAUUGAACACAACGCCCUACAUCUGUCCCUUGUUCUGUUGCUGCUACCAUCUCUGACAAUGAACUCCUGCACGAGUUGGACAGCUCAGAGCAAUAAACAAAGUGUUCCGGUGCUCGACCACCUUUCUUUUUCGCAGAUAGUCAUGCCAGCCCAGGCCACUUCGUUCGGCCCCAGUUACCUGAGUUUAACCACCAGGAUGUCCUGCCAUUGUCGCUUUGUCCACCCUGGCCACGAGCAUAUGGCAUAGUGCAAUGAUGGAGCAGCCACUUAGGCAGUCGACCACCGAUCAUUCUCUCGAUGCGGCCGUUCCGUUGAAUUUUUAUCUGCCCCAGCGUUACUCAGAUGCUGAAAAAACUAGUGGCUUCUAGGACCUCUGAGAACUCGGAAUCUAAACCCCUCUGAGGCGGUUCAGGCGGGAAUGGUUCACAUUUUAUGAACUUGGUACUGUCUACUACGUCGCUCCGUAGACUAGCAUAUCCAAGAAUAGAGCUCUGUAAUCUCCAGUCUCGUGUUGGAGAGAAUGACACAGUUAUCCCAGCUUCUGUAUUGCCGCCUGCUGAAGGUCAAGUUGAUUAUCAGGAUUCUCUUGCGUUCAUUGUGCGCGAAUUUGUCUGGAGCCACUAGAUGAGUUUCAUUGGCAUUCACUAUCGGUUCGGUGUAUUGCUCAUCUGGCGCUGCUUGACAGUUGACAGUCGCAUUCUCUAUGCCGCGGGUCAGUCCGAAGUUUAGACGACUAAAGGCGAGGAGGCCCAGUCCCGGCUGUAUGUCCGUUUCGGUCGCGAUUUCCAGCGUAGCAGUUCGCGAAUAAGAGUUCAUGAGACUUGGCCUGGGCUAUUUCCGCAUCGGUUUCUAUAUGUUGAAUUUCGAGUAGAUUCCCUUUGACUCAGCAGCGGAUAUCGAUUCCAGCUCGUUUUUCACCACAAACGUCCACCACUAUGACGAAUAAUAUGAAGCUGGGGGUGGAAACAGGUACGCAGCCCUGUAUCGCAGAGCUCAUCACCGUAAAGUCCUGUGGGGUUGACCCGUUGUCGGAGUGGCUCGAAAUCUUGCCAUUGUGAGAUCCUCUGCUUGUCUGCGCGAACUGCUCAAGGCAUCCGAUCUUUAUUGGGAUUUCGCAGAGUGCGUUACGGCUUACAGUGUCUGGUUUAUGGUGAGUCGGAAAAAUGUUAUGGAGACCGGUCCCCAUUUAUCAACCCUUUCCUUGUCUAUGAAGACUACGUCUAUGUCAUCAUUGUGCUUUCGGAAUUAGCAUUGCAUUUCUGGGAAUGAGCACGUUCCGGAUGCCAUUCGCGUGAUAGAACAAAAUGCGGAAAAAACCCUACCAACAGGGCUGAGGAGCAUAUAUGAAUUAUAUAAUUCAUUGAUUAUCCUUUCGGACCGACGGGCCUUCAUCUCGUUUGCACAGGUAAAAAAUCAAAAGGUCCUGGAUAUCGCGCGGUAUUUUUUCGUGCCUCCACAUUCUUUUAAACAGCGAGGCCACUGCGUUCAGAAUUUGUGACACACCUUGAUGAAAUGCAAUUAUUGUUCGGGGCUUUCCCGUUGGACAUCCGCCGUACCGCCUUGAUUGUCUACUGCAUAGAAGACCGACGAUCGGGGUUAUUUAGUAUCCAUAAGUGUGCUUCCAUAGUUAGCAACGAUACGUUUUCGAGUGAAUUUUAGAACGAGUAGGCAGACACUGUACAGUGUUCAGUUCGUGCUAGUAAAAUAGGCAAUCUGAUGUGAAAAACAGUUUACGAACAGUGAAAAAACUCCUUCCGUUUUUCCAACAAGACAGAAUGAAUGUGAUUUAAUUAGUUUUUAAUGUGAAAAAACCGUCGAGCAUGGAAAUGUAAAUAUGCGGGUCGGACAGAACCGCCCUGCAGGUAAGGGUAUAUAAAGGUUCAAAACGGUCAUCAUUAAGGUUAAAUUCCUAAGCCGGGUGAGGUUCUUCUCUGCAGAUGCGAUCCUAAUAUUUGUGAGUUGACAGUAGGUGCAACCGUCAUUGUGGAGAGACAGGAGGGACCCAACGCGAUACUUUACAGUCCGCUUAGUUUCCAGGUGAGGAGGAGACAUUAAAGGCUACAGGGGUCAUCAAGGCGGGGGGGGGAUGCGGCCAUGAUACUUCUUUGCUAACCGACCAAAUUAUUAGUAGAUGGCGAAAACGGAGGAAUCUGCCGUGAUCGUCAACAGGUCGCUAGGAGGCGAAAAGGGGAGAUGACGCUAGAAUCCACGGAAAUCAUCGUUCGCGUAGGGAUAUGGAGAAGUAGGGCAAAUUUUUCAUGGAGGUAAGAUGAUAAUUAGGGGAUGUUAAGUGGUGGCAGAUCCAGGCUGAGACCGAUACUGGGGGUACGAGCGCGAAAUCCUAAAGGUAAGCGAAAACUAAAACGGGGGCGGCUCAGGGCGAGCACGUCAGUAUGGUCCCAACUACUUCUCUGAGGUUGGUUAGGGAGGACAUCGCGUUUUUUGAGGGGCACGCCGCAUAGCGGCAGACACACGCCGCGCCAGCUAGGCUCAGGGCCACCUCUUUUUAUAUUUGUAUAAAACCCUGGUCAGUGUGCUUUGUGGAUCAGGGGAUGUCGCGAUAUGCCAACAUAGGUGUAGAUUUUCGCCGUGCUGGCCAACUGCACCCUCUACCGCCUCCGGACUUCUUUACUGUGUCAGGAUACCGACCAGGUGUGGGGGGAGGAGAGAGUGCAGUAGAUAGAGCCCAAGUCCACUACCACCAUAAACGAACUCAUGCACAAGUCACUAUCUCUGUUCCCACCCUGCUGUGGAGCACACGGUGGACAUCGUCAGUUACGACGGUCUAACUGUCGCGUUGCUCGCUUCCUUGCGGAGAAGUUGCCGGGUUUCUUCCUAGUCGUUAUAGAGUCAGUGUUGGUACUUAUCUUUGGAUACAAGGAUUUCCAGAGCGGUGACGUGGAUGGCAUCCAGUAAUUGCUUCCAUUUGGUCACAUUGUUGUUCAGCACCAUCCUCCUCCCACAAUUACCUCCUCAUCUAGGACCCAUAUUUGCUUCAGACUGAUGUCCAUUUCACCCCAAGUUCAGCAAGAGUCAAUGUUUCCGUACUAAACAUUCCGAAGCCGUCUUUUAGAUUUAAAUUGCACUCUCACAUCUCAGACGACAAGGCUGCGGCCUAUUCAGCAUUCGCACAUGCUACCAGUGCAUCACGUCGAUGUCGUCUGAUGCCGAAGAGGUAGUCAGAAACUAGCUACUGACACGACGAAGAGCGUAUCCAUGUUACUUUCUCUGGCUUCAGAAGAUGGUGACGAGGAUGAGACGAUUGCGUCCUGUGCAGUCCUACGUCAGGAAAAUGCCGCUGUCGUUACAAAUGCCUAUGCCGUGCAGACAGGGUUUCCUCUGCCAGGUAAGGUGACCUGUGUUUUUAAGAGCGUUGCAGUCACAGAGGACAUUCUGUUUUCCAGCUCUUGACAGGGAAACAGAGAGGGCUUUCGUGUCCUCGUAGAAAUUGCCCUUCACCUCGCCAUGGUCCGUCAUUGGGGUGGAAAGGGGGGGGGAGAAGUGGCUAGGGGCAGUCUAUGAUGGCUGAGGUAUUCUUAUUAAGAGAGGGACGUUGGUCCUCUGCUGCAGGUGAGACAACUGUCCCGCGAUGCCGUUUCCGACGCUGGAGGGGAGUCCGCCGUCUCAUUACUCUUUCUUUGGGUGUACAUUCCAAAAUAAGGUGCAUCACGAACUUCGCCUACUUCUUUUUUGAAGAAAGCAGACAUCACUAAAAGCAAUGGCGUUCACCUUGUACCCAGUCGGCUCGUAGGUGACGAAAUUUGUUCUCAUUUCUGCGCGUUUGGGCACCGGAUUGCCCGUAUGUGCAUGAACGUCCCAGGUCCCUAGAACCAUCGGUCACAUCUGGAGGGGAUUGAUCUCAUCCGUUGUUUCGACCCCAGCAGCUACGGCUGGCCAUGCAGAAUACACGAAACACCUGCCCAACGGUUCCUUUUCUAGUGUCUUCCUUUGAUUAUCCUUUCCUUUACACCCCAGAUAACGACCGAACUGCUCUCGACGACAGGCACCGAGGGCUAUCACAGAACUCCCCGUCUGCAUCAGGAAACCUACCUCACAGUGCUCACCAGCACUGAAUGCAAUGACCAAUGGCCGUCAACGAACAGACCGUAA